AUUUGUAGAACAAAUGGUUAAUCUUUUAAAACCAUUUGAAGAAAUUACGAAGCAUAUUUGUGGAUCAAGUUAUCCUACCCUAAAUCUCGUAUACCCUUAUAUUCGUAUUCUAAAAAAUAAGUUCGCUUCAAUAAGUGAAGAAGGAGAAUCAUUGGAAUCUUGGCUUGAUCUUAUUUAUAGUUUAGAAAAGUUAGAUACUACCGAUGAGUCAAGCCUCAGUAGUGAUAACGAAGCUAACAUACCAUCAGCUGGAAAUCGGCAGCAAUGGCAAUAUACAUAUAGAAGUGUAUAUCGCCAAUAUUUGCCACCUGCAAAUUGUUCUGGGCUUUUAGAAAAAGCACGAGCUGCUAUUUUUCUUUCUCUUGAUGAAUUAUGGAGCAUAUCUGAUGAAAUGUAG